AUUGCACUCUGUCCCUUCCCACACCCCAGACACAAAGUCCUUGCUACUCGAAAUUCAGCGCUUUUAGGAAGUGCAGCAUCAUCAGAGGCUGCACAGACCCCUGCAGGCAGUGCAGACUUACUUCCUCCCCACCCGGACUGGAUGGGAGGGGCAGGCAGGAAGGGCCUGUCACAGCCAGGUGACACGUUCCGCCCCGGCCAGCCCCAGCAGCAGCUGGGCCAGCAGCGGACAAGGUGCGCAGCCACCGCUCCCCGGGGGCCUCAGAAUGGACCUGUGCCACCCAGAGUCUGCUGAGCUGAGCAGCAGGGAGACAGAGGAACUGCAGAGGAUCAAAUGGCACCGGAAACAGCUGCUGGAGGACAUCCAGAAGCUGAAGGACGAGAUCGCAGAGGUGUUCGCCCAGAUAGACUGCUUCGAGAGCGGGGAGGACAGCCGGAUGGCACAGAAGGAGAAGGAGCUAUGUAUCGGGCGAAAGAAGUUCAACAUGGACCCAGUGAAGGGCAUCCAGUAUCUCACAGAGCACAAGCUACUGCCGCCCUGUGCCCAGGACAUUGCCCAGUUCCUGUACAAGGGUGAGGGCCUCAACAAGACAGCCAUCGGCACCUACCUGGGCGAGAGGGACCCCCUCAACCUGCAGGUCCUCCAGGCCUUUGUGGACUGCCACGAGUUCACCAACCUCAACCUCGUCCAGGCCCUUAGGCAGUUCCUGUGGAGUUUCCGGCUGCCGGGCGAGGCCCAGAAGAUUGACCGCAUGAUGGAGGCCUUCGCCGCCCGCUACUGCCUGUGCAACCCAGGCAUCUUCCAGUCCGCAGACACCUGCUACGUGCUGUCCUUCUCCAUCAUCAUGCUCAACACCAGCCUCCACAACCCCAAUGUGCGCGACCGGCCACCCUUUGAGCGCUUCGUGUCCAUGAACCGGGGCAUCAACGACGGUGCGGACCUGCCGGAGGAGCAGCUGCGGAACCUCUUCGACAGCAUCAAGAGCGAGCCCUUCUCCAUCCCUGAGGACGACGGCAGCGACCUCACUUAUACCUUCUUCAAUCCAGACCGAGAAGGCUGGCUGCUCAAGCUGGGGGGCCGCGUGAAGACCUGGAAACGGCGCUGGUUCAUCCUCACCGACAACUGCCUCUACUACUUCGAGUUCACCACUGACAAGGAGCCGCGGGGAAUCAUCCCCCUGGAGAACCUCUCUGUGCAGAAGGUGGACGACCCCAAGAAGCCGUUCUGCCUGGAGCUCUACAACCCCAGCUGCAGAGGCCAGAAGAUCAAGGCCUGCAAGACAGAUGGCGACGGCAGGGUGGUGGAAGGCAAGCAUGAGUCCUACCGGAUCUCAGCCGCCAGCGCCAAGGAGCGCGACCAGUGGAUCGAAGCCAUCCGGGCCAGCAUCACCCGCGUCCCCUUCUAUGACCUGGUCUCUGCCCGGAGGAAGAAGAUUGCCAGCAAGCAGUGAGCCGCCGUGGGGGUGGAGCAGGGAGGCCCCCGCCUUUCCUGCCUGCAGACCCCCCAGUCGCCUCAAGAGGACCCAGUGGGGACCCCAGAGGGCGCAGAGCCUGGUGCCCAGCAGCCCUGCUUCCUAGGUCCCCCAAGGUACAGAAGAGAAAAGCAGCAGACGGCGAGACCCAGAACUGCAUCUUUUAGGGAUCUUCGCCUUCAGAUGGCAUCGGGGACCUGGGGGCUCCCUACCCUCAGCCAGGCUCCCCCUGCCCGGGGUGUCUCUGCGAGCCCCAUCCUGAGUUUGGGCUCAGCCCUCCUGCUGCAGCAGAGCUCAGCACACAUGUGGCCCAGGCCCGGGGCCCGGACACGGGGCACAGCAGGAGCCCCAGCCCCAGCCUCAGACUCGCUGGCCGCUGUGUAGAAGCAGUGCUGAGCCUUGAGGGACUUGGGGUUCAGGCCUGGGGGGCAGCCUCGCCAGGGGCUUUCCCGCUGGACCCUGGCCGGCGCAGCAGGUCCCAGCACCCAGCACCCCGGCCUUCUGCAGCCACAUCACAGAGGCGCUGCUCCCUGGUACCAAAGGCGACUCUCGCUCCGGGAGGCCCCACUUCUCAGAAGAGCGUCUCACACCCUCACCCAGGCCCAGGGAGCCCCCUGAGGGAGAUUCCUUGGCUGGGCAACAGGAAAGGCCUCUGCCCCACUGCCAAGAUGAGUGGGCGCGUGUAGCAGGCCGACUUCCCAGGGGGAACCGCAGGUCACCAGGCAACCGCCCUCCUUCCUGCCCCCACACAUGCACACUCCACGAGGUCAGGAUGGGGUCGCCGCCAGUGGGGUGAGACCCCUGUUCCUGGGGGUGUGCAAGCACCUGGUGGCCAGAUUGCUCCAGAUGAGGCCCAGAUUGGGUCUGCGGGAGGAGGCCUUUGGGAAUGUAGCUGAGCCCCCCUCAACUGCCCCGUUUGGCCCGUGAAUGGGCACCAGAGGUCAUGGAAGGAGCCCUGGGCUGGAGAUUAGGCCUUCUGAGAUCCUCUCUUGUCCUUGGAACACAUGGGCUGUGUGACCUCAGUCCACUGCCUCCCAUCUCUGAUCCUCAGCUCCCCCCGCCCCAUCCUUGAGGACCAACAUGCACAGAGCUGUUCUGCAAAUCACUCAGCAGUCAGAAUAAAAUGCAUGGUCCAACUCACAAGGGAGGCUCUUUCCCCAACCUCUUCACCCUCGUCCCUUCCCCGGACAGGGAAGGUGGGCACCCAGAAGGCCCUGGAACCCCAUCCUUAGGAACCUGAGGCUGCCACACUCAAAGGAGUCCCCAGGGGCUGGACCUCAGGCUGGACUUCAGGCAGGGCUCCCUCUAGGCAGCUGAUUGUGCCCAGCAGGGUAAAGGAAAAGAACUUUCCAGCAGGCAGUGAUAUCCACAGGUAGAAAAAGUCACUAGGCAAGAGGCAAGUGAUGAUCUCCAUGUCUCGAGUAAGCCCAGGCUGUCACCGGAGGGACUUGAUUCUGUGGGCUUUGCUCCCUUGUAUUCCUACAAACAUGUACAAGCCUUGAUGCUGCCCUGGGCGCUCCUCUAGGCUCCGGUAGGAAGGACAGAGUCCCGGUGCCCGAGCUCACACUCUAGUGCUCCUGAGUCCUAGGGCACGAGGCAGCCCCCUUAGGCGUUAGGGGCGCUCCACGUCCUACCUCAGCCUCCUACCUGAAAUCCCACUGCUCCUCGAAGACCCUAAGAAGCUGACCUGGCCAACUCUCCUACACGUUCCUGCCUCCACACCGUGUUCAUUGAGCAUCUGCUGUGUACCAGGAUCCCUGCACAGAGCCAGAGACCCAAAGAUGAUCAGGACACAGAACCGGGAGAGUCCCACUCUGACCCACUGUCCCAGGUCUCUAACCCGCCCGGGGCAGCCUGUGCCCACCUCUGUCCAUCCUGCUACUUCUCAUGCUGGGCAGCAGGGGGCACCCACCACACGUGGAUGAGAACAACCCCACCACCACCACCACCACCACCACAAGCACUGGCAGAGACUGUCAGUGGGAACCCCCAGCCAGGACAUCCUGGGGGGGCACUGUGGGCUUGGCAGAGGCCCAUGGACCACACUAGCGGGGGCUUCCUCAUCUUCUGCCUUGCCUGGCACAAGAAGACAGGCUCACUCACUUCUGCUGCAGGGUUUUUCACGGUGAUUUUUCUCUCUGGGACCUGGGCCAGCUGAGUUCCGCAGCACAAACCUUUAAUGAGCAGACUUCCUCAUGGCCCGGGGUCUCAGGCACCAGAAUGAAAGUCACUUACCAUGAGAGGCCACAGGGGGCAGCAGUGAGGGCCACCCAGUUGGCUUGGGUUCAAGGCCCAGUUGUACCACGAGCCUUAAACAAGUUUGCAGAGCACUCUGGGCUUCCAACUUCCCAUCCAUAAAAUGUGGACCAUUGAAUAUAUGCAGAAUGCCCAGGACAGCAUUGACUGGCUACUUGGGUUUAUUAUCACAGACAGAUUGUGUGCACUAUCCUGGGAGGUGAAGCAGAUGGAGCCACGGGAGGAAGGGGAAACCGGGGUAGGGAGGAGGACAUCCAGAAGGCUUCUUAGAAGAGGCGCCCGCAGCAAGCUCAGUGGAGGCCUGGGCCUUCCAGCCAGGGGGGCCUGCGAGAGGCAGGUUGAGGGUGCAGGACAAGGCUGGGGAUCUCUGAGCCCACACACUGGCAUAGGGGCCACAACGUUUCGAGGUGAAAGGAUGCCGGGCUCUGACAGGGGUGGGCUUCGAGCACAGUGCUGUGACCCCACAUCCCUGCGCCCCAGCUCGACCACAGGAAGCUGUGGGGGACCCAGCAACGGCCGCUGAGUAGAGGCCAGCACAGCACCAGGGCUCCCCGCACCGGGGGCACAGGAGAUGGG